AUGUACGAAGGGAUUGACAACCUGAAAUCCCUUUACGACCGUGCCGGGAAGACUUUCUCCGGCGGUCCUUCUGCGGCACAGGAUGUGUCGCGUCGUACUGCUCGACCAGACCCAGUACGUCAACCAUCAAUUGGGAGCGGGGCUCCCAAGAAUCCCAGGACGGGGGAUAGCCGCGCCACCGGACGAGGUAACUCGUCCGACGUCCGUUCACGUCGCGGUGGUUCAACAGCUGCUCUACUAGAUAGCGCUGGCCACCGCGAGAGUCCUCUAAUGGAGGUGGAGGAGGAGGAAAGACGCUCUCCACACGAUCAUGUGGAUCGGUGUGUUCCCGAGAGCUUCUUUGAUCGCGUAACGCAAGGGUUACGCGACGAUCUCGAGCAUGAGCGGAAUAGGCGUCUCCAGAUGGUGGACACUGCCUCGAAGCAUCGAGCUGAGUUUGCCUUUGCUCAGCUUGAGAACGAGAGAUCUCUGACAUCUCUCGUGACGAGCUAA